GCGAGAAGUUGCAAAGACGGCCAGGCGGAACUCCGGAGCCGGGCGCUUUUGGUUCCCUAGAGCUUUAGCUGUUGGACCGUGUGGCCCUCUCGUCUGGCGUCUCCUGGCGGGAUGGUGUUGACCCGGCUGAAAGCAAAAUCAGAGGGGAAGCUUACAAAACAGAUUUGCAGAGUGGUACUGGACCAUUUUGACAAACAGUAUUCCAAAGAACUUGGAGAUGCCUGGAGUGCAGUAAGGGAUAUACUAACAUCUCCAUCAUGCUGGCAACAUGCUGUCCUCCUUAACCGAUUCAGUUACCCUUUUGAACUGGAAAAGGAUUUACAUUUCAAGGGCUAUCACACACUCUUCCAAGGAUCUUUACCCUAUUAUCCUAAAUCAAUGAAGUGUUAUCUUAGCAGAAUUCCCCACCGGAUGCCUUCAGAAAGACACCAAAUUGGAAGCCUAAAAAAAUACUAUCUCCUGAAUGCUGCCUCUCUUCUCCCAGUACUGGCUCUUGAGUUAAGGGAUGGAGAGAAGGUUCUGGAUCUGUGUGCUGCUCCUGGAGGAAAAUCAGUCGCUCUGCUGCAGUGUGCUUACCCAGGUUAUCUUCAUUGCAAUGAAUAUGAUAGUCUGAGAUUGAGGUGGCUGAGGCAGACGUUAGAAUCUUUCAUCCCAGAGUCUUUGGAAAAUGUAAUUAAAGUGUCUGAAUUGGAUGGCAGAGAAAUGGGAGAUGCCCAGCCUGAAAAGUUUGACAAGGUGUUAGUUGAUGCUCCAUGUUCAAAUGAUCGAAGUUGGUUGUUCUCUUCUGAUUCUCAGAAGGCAGCCUGUAGGAUAAGCCAAAGGAGAAAGUUGCCAGUUCUACAGAUAGAACUCUUAAGGUCUGCGAUUAAGGCGCUGCGUCCUGGAGGGUUACUUGUGUACUCUACAUGCACGCUUUCCAAAGCGGAAAACCAGGAUGUGAUCAGUGACGUUUUAAACACCUGCCGCGGCGUCCUGCCUGUGAACAUAGAGGAGAUGGCAGGGACUUGCUCCCGAGACUUCGCGUUUGCUCCCACUGGCCAGGAGUGUGGGCUCUUGGUGAUCCCAGAAAAGGGCAGAGCGUGGGGCCCGAUGUACGUAGCCAAGUUGAAAAAAUCAUGGACUGUGUGAACUUGGUGAUGUGCAUUUUGGAAACUAUGUCAAUGUACUAUUGUAUUUAUUUUUCUGGGCGCUCUACAUGUGAACAUUUAAGCAAUUAUGGAGUCAGUUUCCUUGGAUCUGUUUUGGAAUCCUACUUAGUACUCUAGCAUCUUAGCGUUUAGGCUUGAGAAUUUUCCAGGUGUGUAUAUUUUUCCUAGAAAUACAUCCACAGCAGUGAUUUAAGGAGGUGCAGAUGGUGUUUAUUCUGUAUAAUGAAAUUGCUUUUACUUGGCAUUUUGUAGUUAAAUUAAUCCACGUGGUUUUGUGCAUAGGAUGUUUAGAAGUAUAUUCUAUCCAUGAGUUGGUACUUUGAACCUUCAAAAAUGAACAUUUGCUGUCCCUUUUAUAAUUUUUCUCCUUAUCAAAUAUACAGAUUCUUUGAGAGUUUUCUUCCCCCUCCUUUUUUAAGAAGUUAUUGGUAUUCUAAGACUAACUUCUUAAGCAGCUCUAUUUCUAGUUCUACCAAAAUAUGUUUCCUACUUAAGUUGUUUUUUUGUUAAGGACUGUCUCCUGUUUACUGCAAAGGUCAGUGACUACUGACACCAGCUUUAUUUCUCCACGUUUUUGUAUUCACAAAUACAAAUUGAAAGGGGGAAUUACGUUGAAAGGCCAUUAGAAGAGCAGAUUCACAUGCACAAGUUUGACUUUUGACAUUCAGCUUGUAGAAUAAUGGAGUCUAUCCGGCAGACUAUAAAGCAAGUGCUUGAAACAAAACCAGGAUGAUUAAUAACUGCAAUAACUGAACUAUAUUUGGAGAGUUUUGUUACAUAAUUGCAGUUAUAAUGAGCACCACAGAAUCUGAUUAUCUUAAAGUUGCAAUCUGGAGGGACUUUUAUUUCACUCUGUUAUGAAAUGUUAUACGAGAGUAUGAUGUCACAUGUUAAUGCACAAGAGGGAGACGUGUAAUGAGAGUGGAUUAUACUAUUACCAAAACCCAAUACAUUUACCAAAGCGGCUCCCUGUUUAUAUAUAUCUUGGGAGUGUUGUACACAUUUCUGUAGAUGUGCUUAAGAGUUUUAGUUUCGGGGUGGAUCAUGUGUUUUCUCUAGAAAUUGCUUCACUGAGAGCCCAAACAUAUUUUUCCAAGUGUUAGGAAAAAGUAUUCACUCUUCAAGAGAUUACAUCAUUUUGUAAAUAUGCAUUAAAAAACACCUCUGACUAUAUAAAUAUAAAAUUCUUCCAAAGUUGAAUCUUUUUGAAUUGCUUAUUCUAUUCUGUUCAUGAAAAUAGACUAUUUACCCAUUAACAUUUUUUAUUUUGCAAGCAUAUAUUGUAUAACUGGGCUACUGUAACUGGGAAGUCCGAGGAAGAAUGUUUAUUCUAUACCUUCACUCCAUAACCUUUUUAUCUUUUUAGAAUGCUUCAUGAAUUUGCAUGUCAUCCUUGUACAGAGGCCAUGCUAAUCUUCUCUGUAUGGUCUCAGUUUUAGUAGAUGGGCUGCUGAAGUGAGCGCAACCAUUUUUUUCUUUAUAUCUAUUCAAUAUGUUUAAAGAAAAGCUGGAUCCCUUAGACUCAAUCAGAUAUACUGGGUUAAUAAAGAAGAUUAGUAAUAAUGG